AUGGAUCAUGGAGCGGGCUCCCCGCUGUUCGUAGCCAGCGAAGCCCUCUGCUACUACCCGAUCUCGACUAUCUACAACUCAUGUCCACGAUACCUCUUUUAUGCACUUCUCCUGGCAAGCUGUGUCACUCGAUGGACGGGAUGGCUGGCCGACGUUUUUCUCGGUGCUGCGGCAACAUACGCAGGAACGGCGGCCAUUCAAACUUUCAUCAUGGUUUCUAGCUUCCAGAAACCCCAAGACCCAGGGCCUGUAUCUAUCCCCUGGAUUAGCUCGAACUCGAGUCUUCUGAAGGAGUUUCCUUCCAUAAUCACUGAAGCAGAUCAUGUGAUGGUUUCGCCUGCUUCACUUGAGCUGGAUGCGGAUGCCGUUCUCGCCAUUGUCGUUACUGGCUACCUCGUAUUUCUACCGCUGCAAUGUUGGUCUCGCAUAUUGACACACGACCGAGCGCGCAAUUUACUCUUUUACGUGUGGAAUGCUCUUAUGCUUGCGGGCUCGAUCUGCGCCCUCGUCUACGCUGCACGAACGCCGAAAUUGCCGAUUCAAUACAUGUUUUGCUAUCCUGAUAUUCCUCCCUACAGCGACACCUCAAAUGAUGGCUGGCAAGCCUCGUGGAGGACCUCCACGUGGAACACCAGUGUUUGGAACACUUUUUCCAAUAUCUCGCAAUGGGGUCUGAUAGGAGAUAUCUGCUUCAACCCUUGCUUCAACACCACUCAGAUUCUUCGACAAAGUACUUCUUUGCAUGCAACUAGUUCAACGGAUGACACGGCGGCCCCGACAUCCCACGGGUUUUGGAAGGCAAUUCUUUACUCGAAACGAUAUAUCUACAGCCUUAUCAUCCUCUGUCUCAUACUAAACUGUGUUCUUUUGACAUAUAGAUUUCUUCCAUAUCGAUCGCGAAUUCCAUCCGCUCAGAUCGUGGUCCUCUGGAAAGACCGGAGAGCUAUCUGGAGCAGCUUCAAGGAGGAAGUACGGAAUGCAAUGAAACCACCGCCUAUGGAUCUGGAUACCGAUCUGGAUACAAAUCCAGGGGAGCUCGAAGGGACAGCUGAAGGGAAAUCAAUCUGGCGCCGGAUGCAACCCAUUCUCACUAGGCGCUUCCUGAAAGCCUUUGUGCAUGUAUCUGUUGACGCCACAAUCCUUUUUGGAAUACUCUUCAGCAUGAUAGUCAGUCCUUUCACCAUCGUCGCGUUCGUUGCCUGGAUCGAGUUUCAGAUCUACAAUGACGGCCCCUCGCAGGAGAGCCCGCGACAGGUUGGCCAAUGGGCUUACCUAGUCUCUAUCGCUUUGCUGGUGAUUUCGGCCGGUAUUUUGACACUAAAAUAUCGCAUUGCUUCUUCAAAGGAGCUGGAGAAUGAGAUUUCAGAGUUGAAGAAACAUUUGGAUGAUUUAGAAAAGACUAAAGAGGCGCGGUUGCAGAAUGACGCAUUUGAAUUUCGAUCCCUUAGGGACCAUAUCAAGGGAGGUUAG